CUAUACUUUUCUUGAAUGGAUAUAACUGAAAAUCCUAGCUUCAUCACUUCCACUCUCACUCGCUAACUAAGCUUUUCUGCUAUGGCUUACUUAUCAAAUCUAAAUGGUAUAACUGAAACAUUACCGGCCACACCAAAACUUACAAACAAGCAAAAAACCCAAAAAAGAACAAAGAUUAUUGGAUUUCUAGGCAAGAAACAAGUCAACUUCGAUCAAGAACAAUCAUUUCAUACCACAAGAAGACUGGCAUUAGGCCUUGCUUCUAUAGCUCUUACUGGAAACUUCGGUAAUGGGAUCUCUCUUGCUGAGGAUAAUGGCUUCUGGCUGCUUGAUUUCCCUUUGCCUUCGCCUACUGUUGAUAAUAAGAUUGCAAAUGAGAAAACAGGCACUCGUUCAUUCAUCAAGAAAGGAGUCUAUAUGGCAAAUAUUGGGGUUGCAGGGAGCAUGUAUAGGAUAAGGAAGUAUGCUUUUGAUCUCUUGGCAUUGGAGGAUUUGAUAGGACCAGACACUUUGAACUAUGUUAGGAAGUAUUUGAGACUCAAAUCCACCUUCAUGUACUAUGAUUUCGACAAAGUUAUCUCUGCAGCUCCAGUAAAUGAUAAGCAACCUCUUACUGAUUUGGCAAACAGAUUGUUCGACAACUUUGAGGAGCUCGAAGAUGCUUCAAGAAGGAAAAACCUGCCUCAGACAGUACUUUUGGUUUUAAUUUCAAGUAAAGAGAUUAUUCUCCAAGAAGUCAUGGACAGAAUGCCAGAUCUACUUUAAAAUGAUGUAUCAUCUAUCAAUCUCAUUGGUCCAUACAUUUGCUCUUAAAAUGUAUUUCUGCCUUUCAUUUUAUUAUUUUCAGAAUGGUGUUUUAAGAGCAAAUGGUGAUCACUAAACUAUUUUUUUUACCCUACUUUUGGUUUUAAUUUCAAGUAAAGAGAUUAUUCUCCAAGAAGUCAUGGACAGAAUGCCAGAUCUACUUUAAAAUGAUGUAUCAUCUAUCAAUCUCAUUGGUCCAUACAUUUGCUCUUAAAAUGUAUUUCUGCCUUUCAUUUUAUUAUUUUCAGAAUGGUGUUUUAAGAGCAAAUGGUGAUCACUAAACUAUUUUUUUUACCCUACUUUUGGUUUUAAUUUCAAGUAAAGAGAUUAUUCUCCAAGAAGUCAUGGACAGAAUGCCAGAUCUACUUUAAAAUGAUGUAUCAUCUAUCAAUCUCAUUGGUCCAUACAUUUGCUCUUAAAAUGUAUUUCUGCCUUUCAUUUUAUUAUUUUCAGAAUGGUGUUUUAAGAGCAAAUGGUGAUCACUAAACUAUUUUUUUU